CGCCACGGUUUUGUGUACGAUGCUUCUGAAAGGUAAUAUAGGUUUUAAUCAGCCUACACCUGGCAGUCUGUGUUCCAUGAUUUUAAUACUGCGUGUACAAUACUCAGUAAAUGUUGUUUGAGUCCUUAUGUAGCCCUCCUAUUGUAAAGAAUAAUGGGGUAAUAAGACGCUGGAAACUUGUCGGUGCUCUCUGCCUGGAGGCGGUUGGGGGCGUGCUUCGUGCACUCCAAGCGAGAGGUUGUCAUCCAUAAUUCAGUCCCAACCCAAGCAAGGCGAGCAGGCAAGUACUCUUCCGCUCUUCCUUGGACAGACGCUCAGCCUGGUUGUCACACGUAUAUAGCGUUCUGUGGCAGGCGACUGGUGAAUUCCGCGGCCGCGGGUGGAACGCAGGAGUGGAACACUGGUGACAAAGAGACAGUCGUCUUUGAACCGCGGACGUAAACAUUGCCAUGCCCUGAAUGCUUCCUGCACCACCGCCUCGCUCCGUGCUCCGCUCCAGGACAAGGGGGGGCUCUUGUUGGGGUGGCUGAGAUGAGAACACGGCAGCAACAACAACACAUCGUUCCCGGAGGUAAAUCAAGGCGAAGACGCGUUGAAGUUGUGUUUGGGACAGGAGACUGCGGCGGUCUUCAGUUCUUCUGUGUGACUGGUGCGUUUUGAGCGGCCAUGCUGCAGGCAGCAUCCUCCGACCUCUUCCCCACUUGAGCUGCAUGAACUGCUUCCCCCUGCUUCUGCUUUAUUGUUGUUUUCUACUCCAUGUACGGCAGUGCCUUUCUCAUGCAGAUUAAAUCCGAGUUCAUUACUGGCAGUGCUGCAUAAGCCCCCUCAAGUGUCCAGACUGUAAAGAUGUGAUCAGCUGCAGGCACUCCGAUGGAAACAAUCGCCAAGGCUGCCUCUGCAUGACCGACUGCCCGUUGGGAUCAGGCUUGUUUUUAUCACAGCACACAGCACCAUGGGGGGUAAACAGACCAAGGGACACGAUGCUGGAGGAGCCAGCCCUCAGCACAGCUGGAGGCGCACCCCCACCAAGGAGCGAGGGGACCUGUUUGCAUCCCUCAUGCUGAGGUCAGGGGACAGGCUGAGCCGCGGUGUCACCCCGCCGCCUUACCAGCGGCGAAUCGGAAUGAUCCAGGAGAUGAUGUUGAUGGCCAAGCAGGGCAAACACGACGAGGCGACAGAGAUGCUGAGGACACUCCGGCAGGACCUGGGCAUGGAAUCGACAUCUCUGGACGAUGUAUUAUACCGCUACGCCAGCUUUAGAAACCUUGUCGACCCCAUCACACAUGACCUGAUCAUCAGCCUGGCACGAUAUGUACACUGCCCAAAGACGGAGGGCGACUCUCUGGGGGCCAUGGAGAAGGUUUGUCGUCAGCUGACCUACCACCUCAGCCCUCACUCUCAGUGGAGGAGACAAGGGCUGCUCAAGCGGAAACCCCAAGCAUGUUUGAAGGCGGUGCUGUCCACACCUCCAUCCAGCGGGGCGCUGGAUCUGUCCGGUAUCCCUCUGGUAGCUCGCGACAUGGAACGUCUAUGUGCACACCUCCUGCACCACGCUUCCGCAGUAGUAAGCUUGGAGCUGGGCUUCACUGAGCUGACUGAUGAAGCCUUCCUCCUGCUCCUGCCCACCCUGGCUGCCCUACCUCACCUGGAGACGCUGGCAAUGAACGGAAACCGCCUGACCAGGACUAUUCUGAAGGAGCUGACAGAUGCCUUAAAGGAUCCUAAUAGUUUCCCAAGUGUGACAUGGAUCGACCUGGGAAACAAUGUGGACAUCUUCUCCCUGCCUCAGCCUUUCCUGGUCAGCCUAAGGAAGCGCUGUCCAAAGCAGGGCAACCUGCCCACCAUCCUGGAGUUCGGUGAGAGUCAGGCCAGCGAGCCCCCUGAAAGGCUGAAAGUCAUCGGUGAAGACGAGGAGACCGACGACACCAACAGGACUGAAAGCAUGGGAGAGCUGCGGUCCGAGGUGGAGGAGGAACUGGACGGUGAGCUGGAGAUAGAGGAGAUGAUGGAGGAGCUACUGGACUUUGAUAGGGAGGUGCAAGGGAAGGAGGAUGAAGACGAGAGCAUGUGGACCGUCGAGGAGCAGAGGAAAGCCAGGAGGAUGAUGACACGUGAAGAAGAGUUAGACAGGAAAGGGAGGCCGGGCCGAUUGGCAGUGAUGGCGCAGGAUGAGGAUGACACACAGAGCCGCUCCUCCCCAUUGUCUUGCUCCAGCCCGUCACAGCACUCCUCCGCAGCUGCCGAGCCAACGAGAGCAGAGGAGGAUGAUUUUGACAACGUGACUGACCAAUCAGAGCAUUUGACCUGAUUGCUGCUCCUUUCUCAUCUCUGCUGAAAAUAUUUCUCCUGCCGUGUCAAGGUACACGUGUGGCAGGAAGCAAGGGAAGACUUGCUCCCAGUUUGAACAAGUCAGAUUUAACCAGAUAAACCAAGGUGGCAAACCAUUAAAUGACAAGUAUGCAGACAGGAUUUGUCAGUUACAAAUUACCUUGGCAGGCUAAUGCAUAAAACCACUCAGUAAUUAAUAAGCUAUUUAUUGCAACUCAUCCUAUUCGGAGUUUGAGUCAGGACCUUCUCGUAACGUCAUUGUACCUUCAUGUGCCUGGAAUAUGUCCCGUUAAUGGUUAGGUGUCUGUCAUGAGAGGUUAAAAAAAAAUAAUGUCAGUCAGGCUCUUUAAAAAACUGUUGAAAGGGCCACCCACAUGAAAUCAACAGAAAACCAGAUAGAUUAGGACGACGAAGAGACUCAAACGUUAAAGUUAGUCUCAAUAGGGGGGACGUUAGCAGAUAAAUAAAUAGAAAAACGUAAAAAGCUGAUUGCUUACUGUUCUCUGCUGACAGUUUAUAUUGACUUGCGCUAUGAUCACAUCCAUGCAUGCUAUCUUCUGUAAACAAAUUGAUUUUUGCACCUAUUUUACCUGAUUUCAGUUCUCGAGUCAAUUAAUAGCUUACAUAAAAACUAACACAUGUACAUGUGGACUGAUGUGAGGUUUGUAUGGUCAUUUUGUAGUCUGCUUUGGAAUACUAGUGACUGUGGACGUAAACAGGGAUGAGAUCCCAUCCGGACUCUUAUAUAGGAAAAUAACACUGACAGUUGUUGUGCCGAUUGUAAUACUUCCCAAUAUUAAUCAUUCUAAUACAAGCUGCUCCCCGCUCUGGUACAAUUAAAUUGAGUCACAUGCUCAUUUUCAAACAUAUAAAACAACAAGCAUUUUGUAUUUGGUAGAUUAUUUGUAUUGUGGCAAUACUGCUUGUCCAUACAUUUCCAUUGAGCAUUCUGUGCCCCAUUUUUAAGGAAAAUGGAUGGGAUGACCAGCGCACAGAAAAUGUGCAUUGCAAUGUAAAAGGUGCCAAGUUUUUACUAUCUGCUUAUUUUAAGGAAAAUAAACCAGCUUUCAUACAGUAUGAAGCAGUGGUUCUUAACCUUCUUAGAGGUACCGAACCCAACCAGUUAGUAUGCAUAUUCACCGAACGAACCCUUCAUCAGU